AUGCAGUACGGCGCGGCAGCGGCGGAUCAGGCGUGGUACAUGCCGGUGGUGGCACCGUCGUCGGCCGUGGAGACGGCGGCGGAGCGCGUGGAGCGGCUGGCGUCGGAGAGCGCGGUGGUGGUCUUCAGCGUGAGCACCUGCUGCAUGUGCCACGCCGUGAAGCGCCUCUUCUGCGGCAUGGGCGUGCACCCGACGGUGCACGAGCUGGACCUCGACCCGCGGGGCCGCGAGCUGGAGCGCGCCCUCGCCUGCCUCCUCGGCGCCUCGGGGGCCUCGGCGGCGGGCGCGCCGGUCGUGCCCGUCGUGUUCAUCGGCGGCAGGCUGGUCGGCGCCAUGGACCGCGUCAUGGCCGCGCACAUCAACGGCUCCCUCGUGCCGCUGCUCAAGGAGGCCGGCGCGCUCUGGCUGUGA